AAAUAGAAAAGGAAGAGAAAGAGAGGGAGAAAGGUGCUCUGAUGAAGACUCCCGCCUCUCUGUCAAGGAAGGCUUAUUGUACCGAAGGCUGCUGGCUGUCAGCCUGCCCGUCUGCAGAAUCAGUGUGACUGCAGGGAGGCGGCGGGAUCUCACCUGGAAGCGCGCAUCUCAUUUCUCCCGCCUGCAUGUUCCACGGAUGUGUGUCAAAAGGCUGGGAUUCCUUUUCUUAUUGUCGGAUUAGGCGGCUCGGCUAAAUACGAAAUGUGCGAACACACAUUUCGAUCCUAAUCGGCGUUUGUUCCAGCUGUCCUUCCACAUGAGAAGUUUGACUGAAGCGGACUGAGCUGCUGAGGAAGAGGAAGACUCUUGACUGUUCGCUGGCGGGGAAAUCCGAGCCGCUCAAUCAAGCCGAAAAUAAGGACACUGAAGGGUUGCAUGCCUCAAUACCAAGAAUCUGCAUCGAGCGAGAGACCUCUGCUAAGGAGACACAAAGACAUAUCUGGAGAAUGGAGGACAGAAGCGAGGAAGACUGUGUGCAGGAGAACGGACGAAGUGACGAGACGAACAGCAAACCCAGUGGCUCUCCAUGCACCAGUCUGAAGAUGUUUCUGGUAUCAUUGUCAUUCGCCUAUUUUGCCAAGGCUCUGUCGGGGAGCUACAUGAAGAGCACAAUAACUCAGCUGGAAAGACGCUUUGACAUCCCCAGCUACCUAAUAGGAGUCAUUGAUGGGAGCUUUGAGAUAGGUAAUCUGCUGGUGAUAGCUUUCGUCAGUUACUUUGGGGCUAAGUUUCAUAGACCAAAGAUAAUAUCUUUGGGAUGCUUAUUGAUGUCUUUUGGCACCUUCAUCAUUGCUCUGCCCCACUUCAUCAUUGGACGCUACGAGUUUGAAACGUCAGUAAGAUGGGUGGUGAACUCGACGUACAACUCAUCUCCCUGUCAAGGUGAUGCACUGGGAGACCAACCUGGUUUUUCACCUCAAGUGCCAUCCACAGGCUGCGAAGGCGAGUCCAACUUAUCGAUGUGGAUAUACGUUCUCCUGGGGAACGUCUUGCGGGGGAUUGGGGAGACGCCCGUUCAGCCCCUCGGGAUCUCUUACAUAGAUGAUUUUGCUACAGAAGAGAAUGCUGCACUUUACGUUGGCUGUGUGCAGACCAUCUCGGUUGUGGGGCCCGUGUUUGGAUACCUGCUAGGCUCCCUUUGUGCCAAGAUUUACGUGGACAUUGGGUUUGUGAAGAUGGACUCCAUCACCAUUACACCAGCAGAUGCCCGAUGGGUGGGUGCCUGGUGGCUGGGCUACCUCAUAGCUGGGGUCAUAACUUUGCUCUCUGCCAUCCCGUUCUGGUUUCUGCCCCGAUCUCUGCCCACAGCUGGCUCUAGGGUCCGAAAGAUGGGCACUCAGGAGGAAGCAAGUUUCAUCAAGGACACUCCCCAUCCUAAGUACAAGUAUCAAGCAGAGGAACACAGCAGUUUUGUAGAAAUGGCUAAAGACUUUAUUCCAACCCUGAGAACUCUUCUUGGACACCCCGUGUAUGUGAUCUACUUAUGUGUGGUCGUCAUCCAGCUGAACUCCCUCAUCGGAAUGGUCACGUACAAGCCCAAGUACAUCGAGCAGCAUUUCAGGCAGUCUGCCUCCAAGGCUAACUUUCUCAUGGGUGUGAUCAAUAUCCCUGCUGUGGCACUGGGGAUGUUUUCUGGUGGUCUGCUGAUGAAGAGGCUGAAACUGAACAUCAUGGGAGCAGCAAAGUUUGCUUUUUGCACCUCCUUGAUUGGAUAUGUCCUGUCAAUGUUGUUUUUCACAAUGAGCUGUGAGAACGCCAAAGUAGCCGGAGUGACAGUAUCAUACAACAAUGUGGAUAGUAUAUCCUAUGACAAAAACUCACUUUUCAUGCCCUGCAACUCGGAUUGCUUUUGUUCAUCGAGUGAGUGGGACCCAGUCUGUGGACAGAAUGGCAUCACAUAUGUCUCUCCUUGUCUGGCUGGUUGCACUACUUCUACAGGCUCAGGGAAAAACACAGUCUUCUCUAACUGUAGCUGCGUCGGUGUGACUGGUAACUUUACGGCCGGAACAGGUCAGUGCCUCAACAAGGAGGACUGUGACAGGAUGUUUCCGUACUUCCUAGCUCUCUCUGUCAUAACCUCCUUCAUCAUCUCGCUUGGUGGGACUCCAGGAUACAUGUUUCUCAUCAGGUGCAUAAAACCACAAUUGAAAUCUCUGGCCCUCGGUUUUCAUGCUUUGGCAACACGUACACUUGCAGGGAUCCCAGCACCCAUCUACUUUGGAGCGAUUAUAGACACCACAUGCCUAAAAUGGGGUCAGAAAAGAUGCGGCGGCAUUGGAGCUUGCAGAAUCUACAAUACCUCCGCCUACAGGAUAUCUUACCUGGGCCUGACUCUGAGCCUGCGGACUAUCUCCUUCGUCAUUUGCAUCCCGGGCUUCAUCCUGCUCAGCCGACAGCUGAAGGAGGAGGAGGAGACCAAAAGCGUCCCGCACGGGGCCGUCACGAACGGCGGGACCGAACUGGAGGCGCUCAGAAAAGAGGAGCUUGUGGUUCUGAAUUCUGAUCGAGCCAUGCACAUGACGGACAACAGCACAGACAGGCACACCCAGCUGUGACUGCUGAGAAACAGAAAAGACUCCAAAGUGUCUGUCUCAUAAGAAAGUACAUCCAAAGUAUGUACCCAAGUGAUGCACACACACGUGAAUACACACCGCCACAUAUACAUAUAAAUGCAUACAUGCGUACAAGAUUUGCAGGGAAUCACAACUUCUGUUCAGUCAUCUCACGUCGACCAUGAAAUCUAUAAUUGUACCGUUGAAUGUGUGGUGUUGAGACUCCGGCCGAAAUUUAACCCGCCUGACAAAUUCAUGGAAUGUACAUUCUGCCGUUUUUCCUCAAAUAUAAAAAAAAAAAA